UACUAAUCUUUAUUACCUUCUCCUCCCACUAAUCUAAUCUACUCCCCUCUCUUCUUUUGCUUGCUUUGCACACAAAGCAAAGCUCGAGAGUGAGCUCGGUUUUUGUGUGAAUACAUAAUACAUAAUAAUAAUAAUAAUGCCCACCUCCGCGGAGGCCGCAAUACGGAGGACCUGUUUCUCAAUUCUACCUGCAUUCGUCUGCUGUUGUUUGCUGCUGCUAGUUUCGUUUAUGUUCGGCGCGUCGACGGCGAUCGACGCGCAGGGCGAGGCGCUGCUCGCGUGGAAGCGGACGCUCAACGGUUCCGAGCCGGCGCUGGCCGACUGGAGCGCGGGGGAUGCGAACCCGUGCCGGUGGACGGGCGUGUCGUGCGACGGUGCGGGGCGGGUGGCGGAGCUGAAUUUGCAGUAUGUGGACCUGCUGGGCGGCGUGCCGGGCAAUCUCAGCGCGCUGGCCGGGUCGCUGGAGAAGGUGGUACUCGCGGGCGCGAACCUCUCCGGCCCGAUCCCGCCAGAGCUGGGCGCGCUCCCGCGCCUCACCCAUCUCGACCUGAGCGGCAAUGCGCUCACGGGCGCGAUCCCGGCCGGGCUCUGCCGCCCGGGCAGCCGCCUCCGGCAGCUGCUGCUCAAUUCUAACAGGCUGGAAGGCCCGAUCCCCGACGCGAUCGGAAACCUCUCCGCCCUGCAGCAGCUGAUCAUCUACGACAACCAGCUGGCGGGGCCGAUACCGCCGAGCGUCGGCCUGCUGAGCGGGCUGCAGGUGCUCAGAGCGGGCGGGAACAAGAACCUGCAGGGGCCGCUGCCGGUCGAGAUCGGCAACUGCUCCGGGCUGGUCAUGCUCGGCCUCGCGGAGACGAGCAUCUCUGGGCCGCUGCCCGCGAGCCUGGGCCGGCUCGAGAACCUCGAGACGCUGGCGGUCUACACGGCCCUGCUCUCGGGUCCGAUCCCGCCCGAGCUGGGCCAGUGCGGCUCGCUGCAGAACAUCUACCUGUACGAGAACUCGCUGUCCGGACCGAUCCCGCCGCAGCUGGGGCGGCUCGGGCGCCUCAGGAACCUGCUGCUGUGGCAGAACAGCCUGGUGGGCGUGAUCCCGCCGGAGCUGGGCGGGUGCGCCGAGCUCGCCGUGGUGGACUUCUCGAUGAACGGGCUCACCGGCCGGAUCCCGCCCGCGCUGGGCAAUCUGAGCGCGCUGCAGGAGCUGCAGCUGAGCGUGAACCAGAUCUCGGGGACGAUCCCCCGGGAGAUCGCCGGGUGCGGGAACCUGACCGAUCUCGAGCUCGACAACAACCAGAUCUCCGGGGCGAUCCCUCCGGAGCUCGGCCGGCUCAGCAGCCUCCGGAUGCUGUACCUCUGGGCCAACCGGCUCACGGGCAGCGUGCCGCCGGAGCUCGGGGACUGCGCGGAUCUCGAGGCGGUGGACCUGUCGCAGAACGGCCUGACGGGCCCGAUCCCGAGGGGGAUCUUCCGGCUGCCCCGGCUGGCCAAGCUGCUGCUCCUCGACAACGACCUGUCCGGCGGGAUCCCCCCGGAGAUCGGGGAAUGCACCUCGCUGAUCCGCUUUCGCGCCGGCGGGAACCGGAUCGCGGGGCCGAUCCCGCCGGAGAUCGGGGCCCUGAAGAACCUCAGCUUCCUCGACCUCGGGUCGAACCGGAUCUCCGGGGCGAUCCCCCCGGAGAUCGCCGGGUGCCGGAACCUCACCUUCGUCGACCUCCACGGCAACGCCGUCGCCGGGGUGCUCCCCGCGGGGCUCUUCGAGGGCCUCGUCUCGCUCCAGUUCCUCGACCUCUCGAACAACUCCGUCGGGGGGGCGCUGCCCUCGGAGCUCGGCCUCCUCACGUCGCUCACCAAGCUCGUCCUCGGCCGCAACCGCUUCGAGGGCGCGAUACCGCCGGAGAUCGGGGCGUGCGUGGGGCUCCAGCUCCUCGACCUCGGCGGGAACCUCCUCUCCGGCGAGAUCCCGGCGAGCCUCGGGAGGAUCCCGGCGCUGGAGAUCGCGCUCAACCUCAGCGGGAACGGGCUCUCCGGCGGGAUCCCGCCCGAGUUCGCCGGGCUGGGGCGCCUCGGGGUGCUCGACCUCUCGCACAACCGCCUCUCCGGCGACCUCCGGGCGCUCGCGGGGCUCCAGAACCUCGUCGCGCUCAACGUCUCCUUCAACGACUUCUCCGGGAGCGUCCCGGAGACCGCCUUCUUCGCGAAGAUCCCGAUCGCGGACCUCGAGGGGAACCCCUCGCUCUGCCUCGCCGGGUGCGGUGGCUCCGGCGGCGGAGGAGGAGAGAGGAUUGGGGCGCGCCGCGCCGCCCGGAUCGCGACGGUGGUGGUGCUCUCCGCCGCGGUGGCCCUGGUGGCGCUCUUCGCCCUCCUCCUCCUCGAUCGCCGGCGCCGCCGCGGGCGAGGGACGGGGAUCGGAGGGGAUGAGGAGGGCGGCAAGGAGGGGGAGAUGUCGCCGCCGUGGGAGGUGACGCUGUACCAGAAGCUGGAGAUCGGGGUGGGGGAGGUGGCGCGGAGCCUCACGGCGGCGAACGCGGUGGGGCGGGGGUGGUCGGGGACGGUGUACCGGGCGAGGGUUCCGGCGACUGGUGCGGCGAUCGCCGUGAAGAGGUUCCGCGCGGGGGACGAGGGGGCGGCGGCGGCGUUCGCGUGCGAGAUCGGGACCCUGGCGCGGGUGCGGCACCGCAACAUCGUGCGCCUCCUGGGCUGGGCCGCGAACCGGCGCACGCGGCUCCUCUUCUACGACUACCUCCCGAACGGAACCCUAGGGGAGCUCCUCCACGGAGGAGGAGGAGGAGGAGGAAAUGGAGGAAAUGGUGGGGGUUCUUCGGUGGCGGUGGUGGUGGUGGGGGAGUGGGAGGUGAGGUUGGGGAUCGCCGUGGGGGUGGCGGAGGGGCUGGCGUACCUCCACCACGACUGCGUCCCGGCCAUCCUCCACCGCGACGUCAAAUCCGACAACGUCCUCCUCGGCGACCGCUACGAGGCCUGCCUAGCCGACUUCGGCCUCGCCCGCGUCAUCGCCGACGACUCCCCCGCCGCCGCCGCCGCCCACGACUCCGCCCCGCCCCCCUUCGCCGGAUCCUACGGCUACAUCGCCCCCGAGUACGGGUGCAUGGGGCGGAUCACGAGGAAGAGCGACGUGUACAGCUUCGGGGUGGUGCUGCUGGAGAUCAUAACGGGGCGGCGGGCGGUGGACCCGGCGUACGGGGAGGGGCGAGGCGUGGUGCAGUGGGUGCGGGAGCACCUGCGGGCGAAGCGGGACCCGGCGGAGGUGGUGGACCCGCGGCUGCAAGGGGCGCAAGGGGUGCAGGAGAUGCUGCAGGCGCUGGGGAUCGCCCUGCUCUGCGCCAGCGCCCGCCCCGACGACCGCCCCACCAUGAAGGACGUCGCCGCCCUCCUCCGCGGCAUCCGCCACGACGACCCCAACGACGCCGCCGCACCCCCCAAGCUCGCCUCCCCAGCCGCAGCCGAGCCGCCCGGGAAGGCUCCGGCUUCCACCACGGCUCGCUCUCCUCCUCCGCCUCGUACUCUUCCUCCGCCGUGAGCGGCGCUUUCCGGUGAGCUUUUUUUUUUUUCCCGACGAGGCCACGUGGCGCGGUGUUUCCGUGCGCAUGGUGAACCGGGCGUUCCCUCCCAUCCUCUCCGCGCAAUUCUGACUUCUGAGCGGACGGAUAGAUCGAGCAUAAUGCAUGGAACGGAGGGCUAGGGAGAUACGGUGCACGGGAAAGAGGGCUGAACCGGGUCUACGAACCGAUUCGGCUUUGGAGGGAUAUGGAUUAUGGAGUGGGGCCCAUUCGAGGACCACAUUACCUAUCCUGUAGGGGAGGUGAUGUACUGAUGUGUGCUGCAUCGAUCGAUCGGUCGCUUUCGACGUGUGGAGAAUUGCCGAAUUGGGGGGGUCUCCAUGGCGAGAGGAAUUAGUGUUCGAGGACGUAACGACGAGGAGGUGGGGAGUCGGUCGGGAAAAGCGGUGCGUCGUUUUGUGUGCGCUUUUUCAGAGAUUUGAUUGUAAUUAUUAUUAUUGAAUGACUUUGUAAUUAUAUGCACAUCAUCUAAUCUAAUUUGGAAUUUAAUUUGAGAUAAA